AUGUCUCGAUUCCUGUUUAUAACUUUGUUUUCCAAUCUCACAGGGGAGGAAUUCCGGCUGAUCCUGGUCGGAAAGUCGGGUGGUGGGAAGAGUGCCACAGGCAACACCAUCCUCGGCCGGAGAGAGUUUGAGUCCAUCUUGACAGCAAAGGUCACCACCCUGAGGUGCCAAAGGGGACAGGGAAUCUGGCAGGGCACAAAAAUCUCCGUGGUUGACACGCCAGCCAUGUUCGAUUCUGACAACUACAAUGAGAUUGUGCGACGUGAGGUCAUGGCUUGCGUCAAAUUCUCCUGGCCUGGCCCGCAUGUCCUCAUUUUGGUAACCCAGACGGGACGCUUCACCGCGGAAGACGUGACCGCUGCAAAAUGUGUCUGGGAUAUCUUUGGGGCUGAGUCCACCAGGCACACAAUCAUCCUCUUCACCUGCGUGGAGGAUUUGGGCGGGGACUCCCUGCAGGAGUACGUCCGAAACUCCGACAACAAGAAUCUGCAGGACCUGAUCCAGCAGUGCGGCAACCGCUUGUGCGGGUUCAACAACAAGGCGGUGGGAGCCGAGCGGGAGAGGCAGGUCUCGGAGUUGAUGGAGAUGGUGCAGAGAACCGUUUUGGCGAAUGGGGGGAGAUACUAUGUCAACCGGCUGUACUCGGAGCCCAACUUACGGGAUGAGCACAUCCAGAUGUUCAUCAGGCAGAAUCGAAAUCCGUACAGAUGGAUCAUUUUCCUUCCAUUCUGGUUCUUUCAGGUUUGCAAAACGUUGUGUUCCAACAUACUUGACAAGCAUAUCCAAAGGCUAUGCAAGAGCAUCAUCAACCUGCUCCUCCUUCCAUAUCGGCUCACUGUCUGGGUUUGGGAACAGGUGUGCUCCAUCAUAAGAAAUACAAGAAAGGUAUUUCACGCAGUGUAUCGUUGGUUUUUCCGUAGGGAUUAA